AUGAAUUGUGAGUUGUUAGAAGCUCAAAAGGAAUGUAUAACGCCAAUAUUUGACCGUUUUAAAGUGUCCUACAAUCGUGGCUUUAUUCCUGAUAAAGAUCCAUUGCUCAAAUUCACAAAUCCAUACUUUGCACCUUGGGAUGAGGUAUUUCAAAAUUUAUCACGACUAAUUGCCUCAGGAAAGCUGCGGGCGGUCGUGGAAAAAUUGCCGUUAUUGGAUCAUGCUGUACUGGAUAGCGAGGAAGACUGGACCAGAGCGCAUCUAGCUCUUUCUGCCAUUGGUAAUGGUUAUGUUUGGCAAAAUGGAGAAAAUGACCCCGUAAAGGUAUGGAAUCGCUUUAUUCAUUGUAAAAAUCAUUAG